CACGUGACUCGGAGCGAUAACGUGUGGCCGUCGCCUUCUAUAUGUUGUUGUCAUCACUGGGGCGCGCUCCUGGUCGGCUGUGUGUGACAGUGCGAUCAUAUUGAUAAGAUCUAUUGAUCUUAUUCGUCCAGCUGCAGGAAGUUGGCGAUUCCCGGAGCGUCCGGUCGGUGCAACGCCCAUUCGCACAGGGGGAGAAUGUUCGGCGUGGUGGUUUUAGGGGUCGGCAUGGCAGGCCAGGUUAGGAUCAGGGACCUGGUGUCGCCUCUGCCGUCCAGCCCGGCCGAGAAGUUCAGCAUCAAAGGGUUUGUUUCCAGGAGAGCUCUGGAAGAUCAGCAGGGUGUGAAGCAGAUCCCUCUGGAGGAAGCCCUGAGUCGCGAGGACAUCCAUGCAGCCAUAGUGAGCACAGAGAACUCCUCCCACGAAGAGCACGUCAGGAGCUUCCUGGAGGCCGGGAAGCACGUCUGCGUGGAGUACCCCAUGGCGCUGUCCCACGCUGCCGCCGUCCAGCUCUGGGACCUGGCCGCUGGAAAGGGGAAGGUGCUGCAUGUGGAGCACAUUGAGCUGCUCACAGCUGAGUACAAGCAGCUGAAAAAGGAGCUAUCUGGCAAGAAGCUUCUGGAAGGGAGUCUGCACUUCACAGGCGGCCCCCUCCCGGCUGGCUUCGCCUCCCUGGCCUUUAGCGGCGUCUCCCGCCUGACCUGGCUGGUGGACCUGUUCGGUGAGCUGAGCGUGACGGGGGCCAGCGUGGAGGAGGACGUGGAGGCGCAGCACGUGAAGCUCACGGCCCGGCUGCUGACAGAGGAGCAGAGGCCCCUGACGUGGAUCGAGGAGCGGGGCCCGGGCCUCCGGCGCUCCAAGGCCAUCAGCUUCCGCUUGGCGUGCGGCACAGUGGACCGGCUGCCGGAGGCGCCGCGGGACGCCGUGGGGCUCUUCGCGCAGGAUCUCUGCAUCUUCGGCCAGAAGCUGCUGGGCCAGGUGCCCGACGAGGCCCUGUCCGCGGAGCGCCGACGCAUCCUGCACUGCCUGCAGCUGGCCGAGCGCAUCCAGCAGCUGGCUAAGGGACAGGCGUGACGGCGCCCUCUACAGGGGGGGUGGGAUGUUGCAUGUCAGAUCCACACUGCACUUUCUGUGACCCCCUGUCCACACACUCCAACAGCACACACAUGCUUUUCUUGGGGACUUUGUGGUGUUUCUCUCUAUACUAACAACAAAACAAAUAAAGUAGCUGUAUUCUUAAUGUUUUAGUUAUUAUAUGACUCCACCCUGGUUUGAUUUGUCAUCCCACUUUCUUAACGCAAAUGUCCUGGUUGUUUGUUUGCAUGCAAAGGUAACCUCCCCCCCCCCCCUUACUGGAAGGGAAAUGGGUUCUUAAUGGUUAUUCGGGGGUGAAAUAGACGAGGUGAUGAUUUAGGUUCUGGUCUGUCGUCUUGCUCAGACAGAUACAGGCGGUACGCCCCCCCACUUCAUAUCUGUCCGGAUGUUUCCCCCAGAGAGUCAAAACCUGACUACACACUAAUCUAUGAUACCACAUUCAGUCUGAGGAUGAGUGUGCAGCCACACGCCGCCCUCCUGAUUCCCCGCAGUCUGAGGAUGACACUGUAGGUCACGUUGGCAUUUCCUCGGCACCCUCCUGGUAUUUGGUGAAGGAGAACCGCCCCACUGAGUGUCCAUCAAACUGCUGCUGGCCUCACUGCCGGCCUGUAAUCUGGGACCACAUGGUGUCAGGAUGGAGAAUUAAAACAUUAACAGACUUACAUUUUAAUCACUUGUAUGCAGUUACACAUUGCAUGCCUGCCUGACCUUCCUAAUUUGCUCUUCACCGUAAGCAUUAUAAUAAAUUAAUUAGGCAAAUUCCUUAGAGUGCGAUUGAUGCACGAACACAGCCGAAAACGUGUGUGAAUAACUGUAACGCACACAGGCGUAAAAUUAACAUCAGCUAUUGUUAAUUGUUCAUUCUUGCACCGCUCGCUGUUCUUAGAGGGAGUCGUAGAAUAACGGUUCGAUUUUAUCCUCUCUCUCACGUUUUCUCCUUCCUUUUCUCUACAAAAUCCAUGUUUUCACACCGAAAAAUAACCCAGAUUCAGACUUAACAGCUCCUCUCCCAGGAGCUGCAGGGCGGCUGUCUUUGCGAGCCUGGAUGUUGCUGUAGCCGUUCGCCUGCCUGUCAGAGGGUGACGUGCGAUUCUGGUCUGCAGUUAAUGUGGUACAUUCAUCAUCUGAAGCGCUCAUUCAGCUCUUCAUGGAGAAAGCUUUAUUUAUGCUGUGUAUCCAGUUUGGGUCUGGAGGGAAAAAUAUGCUUUUCUAUUGACCUAUUUGUGUCUAGUUGUCAGUUUGUUCAAGGCAAAUGGAUUCAGAGGGCAGCAUUCAAAGCUUUAUAGCUCUUGACAAUGCAGAGCUCAGCAGCUGCAGUGAAAUCCAGCUUCAUUCUCUGUGUCUGGCAGAUAUGGAAUGGAUUGAUGAGUGUUACAGUUUGUGCGGAAUGCAAUAUAUGAACAAGUAAGCAGACAGGUCUAAGUUAGGCUUUGUAACACUUACUGCACAAAGACUGAGCUGGCCUGCACAGACACGACAUGCUUUUGACAGAGACUGAAAAUGCCAUUUUCAUUGCAGGGAUGAUCUCAUUACUCCUGCUCUGUUUUAGUGUCUUGUUGAGAUUGAAUUCUUUGCAGACAAAAAGAAAAAAAAUGCCUCCACAUGAAUGAACGUGUGCCAGCUUAUCACUGACUGGGUUAUUUAAGAAUUUUCUGUUUGAGUAUCAUUUGUAACGGCUGGUGCAUGAGUGAGCAGAACAUUUAUUCGUUUUUUUUCCAAAGCUAUAUACCGUCCCCUGUGAAUGCAUCUAAACAAACUUGGUUGUUUCUAACAAUAUUUAAAUUAGAAUUAGUCAUUAAAACAAACAAUGUGUUGACUUUCACUCAACCUAAAAUGCAUCUAAUGCUUGAAAUACAUUCAGUUACCAUGUUACUGACAUGUUACAUGUUGUUCCGCUUCAUACCUCUUUCGCGUUUCUUCCACACACACAGUAAAUGUAUGCGGCGUGUUCCGGUCUUUGCAUGGUCUUUCGUAAGAAACAGGAGUUAGUGCUAAAUGACGGUGUGUGCCUUGCCUUAAAAUGCACCAUUCAGUUAGAAUCAUACAAGAUUCACAUCAAGUUUUCAAACAUCCAAUUUUGAAAAGUAAAAACAAAUUCGAUCAGGUCUCUGGUGCGAAAUGUGCUGGGAUUCACAUGCCCAUCUGCUCAUUUUGGCAGGACUCCUGUGUUGUAACUGAAGUACGUUUCUCAUUUGCCAAAGUAGUAAGUGAUGCAUAUUAUUUGCAUAUUAGGCUGUAACCCUUGAGAAUAUUGUAAGUGGUUAUGUUAAGAUGUAAUUGCUGAUUAUCUUCAGCUAGACAGUGGGGUGAGUGAUUCUGCCCUGGAGUAUUUUCUCGUGUCUUCAGGGGUGUCCAGGUAACUGACAGAGAGGUGGAUUAACAUCUAAAGUUAUAGACGACCUGAUAAGUCUGUAUCUGCUCUAUUCUCAGUACAUCAUUUAAUUUAAUGGCCCCCAACUCUCCUAAACCUUCAUUUUGUUUUUAGAAAAACAAAAAUCCCUCUAUUCAUUGUAGUGAAUUUGAGCUUUUAAAAAUGUAUGUUUUGUUGAUAGUAAUACUUUAUGCAAAUGAAGCUUAUUCAGUUUAUAUUCUGACAGAGAACUUGGACAUUUAUGUAAAAAUGCGAUGCACAA